AUGGCGAACUUUUACUUGCUUCAUGUAUUCCUGGCUAUCGGUGUCCUCUGUGCCAUCGCAGAGGCAGACUGCAAUCCCCUUGUGAAUGCCUCAUGUCCCGCCAUCCCGGGUUUGGCGACGAACACUUAUUCUGUUGAUUUCACUCAACAAACAGCUACUCCCUCAGAUUGGAUUCAAGCUGAAGGGGAGACGGUCAUUUAUGACAGCCAGAAUGGUGCCACUUUCACCUUCGCGAACCGCUAUGAUGCCCCCUACAUCUGGAGUCGAUUCUAUCUCUUAUUUGGUCACGUCGAAGUGGUCGUGAAGAUUGCCAAAGGAGAGGGAAUCAUCACUGCGGCGACUUUGCUCUCCGACGACCUCGAUGAGGUGGACUGGGAGUGGAGUGGCAACAAUUUUGAUCAAUCCAGUGGGCUGGUCCAGACAAACUAUUUUGGCAAAGGUGUUACGGGCAAUUAUGACAGGAGUACCACUGUAUCAGUCAGUGACCCGCAGGAUGAAUUCCAUACUUACACGUGGGAUUGGACCCCGAGUGCAUUGACAUGGUCUAUUGAUGGUACCAGCAUCCGCACUUUGACGAACAAUUACCAGACAACUGGCGAUUAUCAAUAUCCUCAGACCCCAUCCAGAAUUCAUCUUGGUGUUUGGGACGCUGGUGAUCCGGGCAACAACCCCGCGACCAUCUACUGGGGAGGCGGAACCACGAAUAUCAGCCUGGCUCCUUUCAGUGGUUAUGUCAAAUCUGUCAAGGUCACAACCUCGACCCCUUGUUCGAGCUACCAAUACCCGAACUUGUUCAAUGGGACUUAUGAGGAUGUGUUAUGUACAAAUCAGACCAUAAUUGUGCCAUGCACUUACUCAGUCGCCGCCGGAGACAAUGGCCAAACCAUUGCAGACAGCCUAGGCGUCACGUUGGACGCUCUGAUAGCUGCAAAUCCGAAUAUUGACUGGGAUUUGUUGAUUGUUGGUCAGACUCUCAAAGUGCCGGGAGGGGACUGUCCUACUUCUACCACAUCUACAACAAUGUCUACCACAUCCACAACCUUAUCAACCACAUCUACAACCCUUUCAACCACGUCACUAUCAUUCAACUUCGUGAAUACUUCUACCACGACUUCAAUGACCUCCAACACGACCCCCUCCAUGAUCUCCUCGAACACCUCUACUGUUAUAAUCACUACCACUGUCACCUCGUCUAUCAGCUUGACUUCAACUUCAUCAGCAGCCCCGUCUUCAGGCCCUUCUCAGACGGCAGUAGCCACAACAGCCUCCUCCGCAAGUCCUACCGCAGCACUCUCAACAUCUAACUCAGUUUCUUUGACCUCAGCCGCGCCCACAGUCACGACCGCAGGAACUCCCGCUGCUACUUCAACACAGUCUGCUACAUACUCUUUGUACACUGUGGUUGCUGGGGAUUACGGAUAUGAGAUUGCCUCCAAACUAGGUUGCAGCUUCGAUGCAUUGUCAGCUGUUAAUUCUGGUGUUGAUUGGGACAUGUUGAUGCCUGGACAGACAUUGAACAUUCCCUGUACUGUUUCGGGAGCGUCGAGCAUUGGUGCCACGGUUGUCUCUCAGCCUUCCGCCACUUCGGCCGCGGGGACUGGGUCUAUCUCCGCUUCAGGCCCGUCUGUGGUUUCCUCUAGUGGUCCGGGCCAACAGUCGCCUGCAGCUGCCGCGACCACAGGAGGUGUAUCUGUUGACUCAGCUUCAGCCGCUGCAACAACUCUACCGGAUUCUUCUCCAGCAGCGGCAACACAAUCCAACACUUCAAUACCUGGAAGUAUCCAGUCAUCAGCAGCUCCAACGGCUUUGUCGAACAUCGCGGACUCCAGCUCCACAUCUUGCACUACACUUCCCGCGGAUUCCCAGGCAGCAGCCACAAGCACACCAUACUGGUCAAACAGCACAGUGGCCAGCUCCUUCGUCGCCAGCAAUGCAACGAGUCUUUCAGUCAUGAGCUCAACUGCACCUACUAGUCCAACGGCUUCUGAUUUUGCAGCAGCUACUACCACAGUACUACCAGACGAUGACGACACGUCUGCUGCACCUACUUCUCAAUCUACAACCACUAUCAGUGGAACCACGGUGACAAGCACGAGUAGCUUGCUGAUGUCUUCCCAAACCACUUCAGACAUGGUCAGUCCCACCACACAGGCAGAUCUAGCAAACAUGGUCUGCAAUCAAGACAACUGCUUGCGCAACAUGAUGGACGCACGAUAUUCGUCGGCUAUGCUGUCUUUCUGUCCCACUUACACUAUUAUCACUUCUAAUCCCGCACCUCUUCCCACGUUUCUGGGAAACUGUGUUGGCGAUACUAGCAGAGUCAGCAGUGCUUGCAGCUGCCUAAUGACUAGCUAUGCGUCAUCUGAUCCCACCCCAACCAUUUCAAACAUGGUCAGUCCCACCACACCAGCAAGUUUAGCGAAGGUGGUUUGCAAUCAAGAUAACUGCUUGCGCAACAUGAUGGACGCACGUUACUCUUCGGCUAUGUUGUCUUUCUGUCCAAGUUACACUACAAUCACUUCGAAUCCUACGCCCUUGCCUACUUUUCUGGGAAAUUGUGUUAACAAUACAAGCAGAGUCAGCAGUGCUUGUAGCUGCUUGAUGACUAGUUAUGCGCCAACGAUCCAUGCAUCAUCAGAGACGCCAGCAAUGACAGCUGCAGCCAUGCAAGGAGGAAGUGGGUCAUUGAGGUUAAAGCGAACACCGUUGAGGUGGGAGCGUGCUCUUGUUUAGGAUAUAGCAUUUCAGGCGUUAGGUAAAAUGAGU